AUGGCCGUCUUCAUGAUAAACAUCUGUAAAUUUAAUGGCUGUGGCAUUACAUUUCCACGAUUAGCGGAUUUAAUUGAACAUAUUGAAGACGUCCACAUCGACUAUGAUCCCGCAGUCAUUGAACAAAAAGAAGCCUCUCAGCCAGCAUGCAUACCCCUUAGUUACGUAUUGAAAUUUUUCACCGAAGCGUCGAGACGGGAGAUUCAAAACAUGCCGACAGCCGACGUCCGCCGCCGUUUAGUUUCAGCACCAAAAACACCGUCCGUUCGAAGCAGUACACCCACAGGGAGCGAGGUUGAUGAAGAUGAGAUGAUGAGUCCAUCGGAAGACAGCAAUGAUUCUUGGACCACUGUGGAAGAGUAUAGUUCAGAGUUCAUACUGAGAUAUGGUGUCAAAAUGAACGCGAGCGCGUCAUCUGGCGCGUUGGGGCCGGCUGCUCAAGAGAAACCUUUCGCUUGUCCCGUGCCAGGUUGUAAGAAAAGAUACAAGAACGUCAACGGUAUAAAAUACCACUCGAAGAACGGGCACAAAAAGGACGGCAAGGUAAAAAAGGCCUACAAAUGCCAAUGCGGCAAAAGCUACAAAACGGCGCAAGGCCUUAAAAGUCACUCGAUAACUCACCACAUCGAGAACCGGCCUCAUAAGGUCCCGAGUCUUCCAGGCCUAGUGGUGACUGCCUCUCCGGCCCGGCACAUGGAUAAUAUUGACACCAAACUAGUCCGAAUCUACGACACCAUUAAACCCAAAGACCUUCCAUUUAUUCCCAAACAUAAUCUCACCCAAUUCAGCAUCAUCAGCGCCAACCAGGCGCAAUCCCUUCGACAUUCGGUUCUAUUAGCUCCCAAUUCGGAUAAAUUUAAGGAGAGGUCACCAAAGGUCACGGUCACCCAAGAAUCUUAUGACGUGUCCAGUAUAACACAAGCCAGCGACCGUAGAGGGUAA